AUGCGUACCUACGACGAUUCCUUCUCGGGACAGAGAAUCUACCCUGGCAAGAGAAGCGAUGAGGAACCCGAAUGUCGUGGCCCUAGGGACGAUCCGAUUACCGAAAAUCCCAAAGGCCUCCUCAUGGGCUCUCUCACCAAACCGGAUGCGCUGCUGGAGUCGAGAAAUUCUGGCGAAACGAGCUGUCGAAUUUGUGACGGCAAGGUCUUCCGCUUCCAGAACGGCAAGUCCGAGUCGCUCUUCCUGCAACGAAAGAACCCCCGCCGCAUCUCCUGGACGGUCCUGUUCCGCCGUCAGCACCGCAAGGGCAUUUCCGAGGAGGUGGCCAAGAAGCGCACCCGCCGCACCGUCAAGGCGCAGCGUGGCAUCGUCGGCGCUUCCCUCGAGGUGAUUAAGGAGCGCCGGGGCAUGCGCCCCGAGGCCCGCACUGCCGCCCGUGUCGCCGCCAUCAAGGAGUCCAAGGACAAGAAGCAGGCCGCCGCCGCCGCCAAGAAGGCCGACAAGGCCAAGAACGCUGGUGCCGCCAAGGGCCAGACCGCCCGCCAGGUCUCCAAGAUGGGCGCCAAGGGUGGUGCCGCCAGCAAGCCCGCCGCCCGCACCCGAUAA